CGCAUAGUCGAUCAUCCGGCCCUCGCCCUCGCCCUCGCCCCCCACCCGGCCAUAACCCACAUACACCGCGACCCCUGCGCCACGCACCUCCUCCUCGCAUCUCCCUACUUGCACCUCCGGAACUCCAGCUCUCUGCCUCUCUCUCUCUCUCUCCUUCGGCCCGCCGCCGCUGGCUAAGGAUCUAAAGGUAGACAUAGCAAACGGGCGCCCGGAGGACAAACAGCCACACCAACAGGACGGGAUCGCACACCACCGAACCCCGGCAGAUCGCCAUGGCCAACGUGCCUGCAUUUCAGGACCCCUUCGAGCCGGACCUGAGCAUCUCCAGUCAGGUUUUCUUCUGUCCGGUUGACGAUGUCCACAUCUUUCUCCCCCCGGAGAGUAUCUUCCCCCGGCGCUUGCAUCUUAUCUACAACCGGCGGGUCACCCCGCAUCAUGUGCUGGAGGACAGGGAGCACCCCUUCGAGGGGGGUGCUUUCGAUCCAGCCACCUCCAUCCCCCCGUCCAUCGCCAGCCGGUUCUUCCCCAACCUCGUCAGCAUCUAUCUCGACAACUGCAAGCCGAUGCAGAAGAAUAGCACACCCUACCUCAAGGCACUGGCAUCCAUUUUCCAAGAGCGUGCGACCUCCGUCAAGCACCUUUCCAUGAAGUCCAGCCUCAUUGUGUCCUGCGCCCAGGCAUCCCUACUCACGACGAUCCUCAUGUCACCGGGUCUCACUUCGGUCGAUCUGUCCGGCAACUGCUUCGGCAGCUUCAACUUUCUCAGGCAACCGCUGAAAAGCAAUCCGGCGCUUCUCUUCCUCAAACUCAAUGACGUCAGUACUUUGGCCAAAGACUGGGGUGAGCUCUUCAAGAGCAUCCACCAGGGGCCCUAUCGGCGAUACUUGUGCAUCAACUCCAACACCAUCUCCGAUAAUGCCAUCAACAUGCUCCUGGGCUACCUCUACUCCUUCCACAACCUCAUGGGCCUGUCGAUGAAGAGGCUACGCAUCUAUACUGCCAAGAACAAAGUGCACAUCAUGCCCCAGCCGACGGUGCCCUUUGCCCAGGUCCAGGCACAGAUCCCGGCCUUCGACAUGCUUGGCUGCCCCGAGUGGGCGGAUCACUCCUUCUUCCCCAUGCCUCUGUCCGACGCUCUGACUCAAUUCCGCGCCGAUUAUGAGUCUCCGCAUUUGCGGCAUCUAAACAUGUGCUCCUCCCUGGUCCCCUUCAUCACCCCCUUCGCGCCGUAUGCCCCCAUUCGUCUGGCCAGCCUGCACAUUCAGUACUCGCAAGUUGACAGCCCGACGAUGGCCUCAAAGAGCGUUCGGAACUUGGAGACCAUACUGCAAGAUCUGAUUUGCCUGCGUCUCUCCACCAAGGAUGAGCGUCCCUCCUCAGUGCUUCUUCCCCGCAUCAGCACCCUGAAGGUGCUGAUCCUUGAGAUCAGCGUCGCCCGGGGCUCCCUUCUUCGGCUUCUUGCCCAAUCCAAGGGCUUGAAGUUUUUCGACAUCACCGACACGUUCAUUUCGGACGAGCGUGCCCCCGAGCUGCUGGAGGCCAUACCCUUUCACCGGGGCAUGUACCAUGUGUCCUUCAAGGACCUCUACUUCGCCGAUCAGUUUGUCGACCACCUUUUCCUCCACUGGAACAACUUCCAGUCGCUGCACACCCUGCAGCUAAGCUUCAUCUGGCUCAAUCCCAAGCGAUUGGCCAUUCUUCUCGGCCUUGUGUUCUUCUCGUCCUCCAUCAAGCGGCUCAUCCUCUCGAUCACCGGACCCGCGGUCCAGGAGGAUCCGCUCCCCGGCUACAUUGUUAGCAGCCUCGCCCAACAUAAUAUCCCGGCGUUGUGCUUUGGCCGGGACUACCAGCCCGCCGAGCCCACCGGGCCGGGGAAUAUGAGCGACACCGACAUGGUGCUGGCCAUUCUCCGUGAUGGCAUCGCACAAAACCCAUUCAUCGAAUUGCUGGGCUUCUACAAUCUUGGCGUCUCGUAUGCACGCACCCAGCGCGCCAUCGCCGAAGGACUCGAGUUCAACACCUCCCUCCGGUGGCUGUCAGUCAUGCAGCCCGGCGGAGGACCGAGCCAAUGAGUGACCAGCGUCACCCCCGCCCCCUGGCGCCCUUCCUCCCCCCCUUGCUAUCUCUCCCUCUCUCUUGUUAUCUCUCUCUCUCUGCCCCCCUCUCCCUCUCCACUCCCUCUUCUUGGCCGCGCUCCUGCAUAGGCCCUGUAAUGUACCCCGCUGGCUCGGGAGGACCACCAUUACCAAUAGACCAAACUCCCGCGACGGGAGUACGUGCAUGGA